AUGGACCUGGACUACGGAGACGUUCCCGCCACGCAGGUGGACACCUUCGCGGCCACGCAAGUGGCUCCCGCGCCGGUCCCGGAGCCCGAGGCCCUGCGAGACAUCGAGCCGAACGUCGAGCGGAGGUCCUCGCAGCAGCCGGCCGACAAGCAAGCCCGGGCGGAGCCCCAGGGUGCAAACGCGGACGGCGAUGCGGCAGCCGAGCCCGCGUACGCGACGCAGGAGGAGCUCGACGACCCCCCGAGCCCCGCGGCCCCCGCGGCCGCCGCGCCGGCGCCCGAGCCCGCGUCGCAGGAGGGGGGGAGUCAGAUCAUGAGUCAGGUCAGUCAGGAGGAGCAGGCGAUGCUGGAGCGGUGGGUGCCGGGCGUGUGCGAGGCGCGCGCGGCGGCGUCGCUGCGGCACAACCUGUUCGUCAACGAGGGCGACGCGUCCGCGGGGCUGCACGCGCUCAUCGCCACCGAGGACAUGAAGGCAGUGUUCGCGGCGAUGGGGCACGGGCUGCAGGAGCUGCCGGAGCACCUGCUGGGCAUGUACAGCCGCGUGGAGGCGGCGCUGGUGGCGGUGCGGCGCGAGCUGAACAUCAGCAACGACAUGUCGUUGCCGUCGGGCGACGCGCGCACGCAGGAGACGGUGCACACGCUGUCGCAGAGCCAGGGGGGCGGCGCGGGGGCCGCGCAGCCGGACGCGGCGUGCGCGAGCAACGCCGUGGACGUCGCCUCGCAGCAGGAGUCCGCGCAGCAUGACGGGGGCGGGGGGGAUGUGGUGCCGUGCUCGGCGGACGUGGUGGCGGCGCGGAAGCCGCUGCUGGAGAGCGAGAGCCCCGGGGGACUGCGGAAGAAGAUGCCGCCGCCGCCGCCGAUGAGCAGCCUCAACCCUGCCAUGAACGCCGCGCUGGCAUUCGCGAAACAGGGUCUCCCAGCGAGCCCGGGCGGCCCUUCUGGCGGCCACGACCCCGCCGCGACGCCCUGGUGCAUGGUCCGCGUCUCCGAGGCCUCGCACAACGAGCUCGCCACCACAGCGAAGUUCUCCGCCGCGGCCGCGCGCGCCCUUCCCGACAUCGCCGUGGACGGCGGGGCGCCAGUCGACGUGCAGUGGCUCGAGCUGCGCGGGGACGCGGCGGUCGUCCGGGCCUCGUGGGCGGGCGCGCAGCUUGCGCCAGCGCGCUGCCUCGAGACGCCGCUGUCUCAGGGCGGCGCGCUGUCGCAGGCGGGCGGGCCCGGGGUCAUGGUGCCUGUCGCCGUCCAGGGCGACGCGUGGGCGACUGCGUGCCGCGACAUGUGUCUGUGCGCGGGGGACGCGGUCGUGGUGGUGCUGGGCACGUCGCCGAAGUGCGCAUCCGGCCGGAGCGUCGACUGCUGGGUGUUUCGUGAGGCUGACGUGGCGGAGGGCAACGAUUCCCUCCCGAGCAGCCGGGCGUUCCCGUGGCCCGCGGAGAUCGACCGGCUCGUCGCGCCGCUCGUGCCGGGGCGCGACGACGCGAUGGAGAUGCAGCGGACCUUCCUGCGCGCGUACAUCGGCCUGAAGCUCGCGCGCAAGGCGGCGGAGGGGGAGUCUCUCGCGCCGUCCGACUGGACGGCGGGCCUGUCGGACGCGAGCGUGGGGGAGUGCGAGCGCGCGUGGAAGAACGCGGCGCGCGACGCCCAGCGCGCGCUCGGCAAGGACGUCGUCAAGCGCUUCAUCUCGUUUUGCGACACCGCCUGGCGGCACCUCAAGGCGCACCACGUGUCCUCGCAGCCGCCGCCGCCGCACGCGGACUCGCAGGCCACGCGCGCGCUCUCGCUCACGCAGUCGCAAGCCUCGCAGCAGACGCCCGACCUCGGGCGCGGCGUAACGGCUGCGAGUGCGCUCGGCACGCCGGCCGUCGGCUGGGGCCCGGGCGGCGCGGCGGCGCCGCCGGCGGCCGCGUUGGGGAGCGCGAGCGUCGACGGCGUCGCGACGGAGCUGUCGCUGCGCCUCGCCGACAGCCAGCAGCCGCCGGGCCCGGCGCACAAGGCUGGCCCAGACUCCGGCGCGCCGCCUGCGGGGUACCUCGGGUCGUCGAUGCUGAACUCGGAGGACCUCGCGCAGCUCGGGGAGGUGCCGUCCUCGCUGCCGCUGUCCGUGCCGCCCGCGGCGCCCCGUCCGGCGGCGGGCGCCGGCGACGCAGUGGUGCCGCCGGCUGCGGACCGCGAAGGAUGGCGCACGACGGAGAACCCGGAGCGGAAGCGGCGCGCGGUGUGCGUCGAGGUCGGGGGCUCGAGCGACGACGAGGACGAGAUGCGUGUGGUGCCGCGCAAGAAGGCCGCGUCAGGGGAGAAGCGGGCGCGCCCACAGGUGCUGGAGACGCAGGACACGGACAUGCAGGACGCGGAGGCGGGCGGCGAGGACGGGCAGUCGCCGGUGAAGACGCCGCCGGCGCGGGGGGGCGUUCCGGACGGCGACGAGACGGACAUCGAGGACGCGAGUCAGUACCCGGGGGGACUGAAUGCGCAGCUCAAGGUGCUGCGGUCGCGCACGCCGCUGCGCGUGCCGCGGCGGCGGAGCCGCGACGCGGUGUCGGACAGCGACAGCGAGGGCGCGCGGACGCCCACGCGCAAGACGGACGACGAGAAAACCCCCCCUGCAUCAGGGGGGGGGUUCCCGGCUUCGCUGCAGGCGCAGGCGGAGCGCGAGCCGGAGGAGUACCGGCAGAUGCUGCUGCUCGCGGCGACGAAGGGCAAGGACUGGGUGUCCCGGUUCAAGGACGUUCGGAAGGACUUGAGUUCCAACUCGCGCCGAAUCUUCGAACUGCGGUACGGGACGUACGGCGACCUGUGGAUCACGGCGCUGGCGCCGGACAGGUCGAGCACGCCGCCGUCGCGCGCGCGGACCGCCGAGCGCAAGAACAAGGGCGCGCGCAUGAACAGGGGCGCCGCGCGCAGGAAGAGCACCCCGGGGGGAGUGAAGAAGGCGCGCGGGCGGGGGUCCACGCCGAAGCAGGCGGCGCCGCGGCGCAAGUCGCGCAGCCGGUCGCCGAUGCCGCCCGGCGACGGCGAGGACCUCACGUACGAGGCGCGUCUGGUGAAGAUCAAGGAGCUCGUGGAGGCGCAGGGGCCGGGCUGGUGGGACGGUCCCGGGGGAGUGCGGGUGCUCAAGAGCGGGAUGAGUGCUGGGCAGCGGCAGAUCUUCGAGCUCAAGUACGGGACGUACGGGUACGGGCUGUCGUCGAAGACGCAGAAGGACAUCGCGGCGGGGCAGGCGCGCCGCGUCGAGGACUCGGACGCGGAUCUGACCACGAGCGACGUCGACACCUCGGGGGGGGUCUCCGGCGCGUCCGAGGACGAGGCGCCGGCGCUCGGCGCGCGCUGCUGCGGCAAGCACGGCAAGGGCUGCGCGAAGUGCAUCAUCCGGUCGAUCGCGUGGCACGACGAGCGCGCGUUAGAGCUGCCCGACGACGUUCAGGAGGCGUGCGAGGCCAAGGUGAGCCUGGGCAUGAGCCGGGACCUGGCGCGGUUCCUGGAGAAGCGCAAGCAGCAGGAGGUGGCGGGGCGCGGCGGCGCCCGCGGCGCGGCGCUCGGGCCCGACCACCCGCUGUAUCGCAGUCCCGGGACGCCGCCGUUCCGCGGGCUGACCUUCCUGCUGACGGGGGCGCGCGCGGGCGAGGGCGAGGAGGUCCGCGAGCGCGUGCGGCACACGAUCGAGUCCCGCGGGGGCGUCGUGCUCGCGGAGGUGCCGCGGAAGGCGGGGGGGUCUCGCCGCCGGCUGUCUGGGACGCCGGAGGGCGCCGCGGGGGCGCACGCGCCGCACAGGAAGCCCAUCGUGGUGUGCCUGCUCGGCGACGAGACGCUCGAGGCCGCGACGAGCGAUCCGGACGGCGGCCGCCUGCGUACGCCGAAGUUCAUGUACGGGAUGGUGGACGGGUGCUACAUGGUGCUUCCUUCGUGGGUGGAGGAGUGCCACCGCGCGGGGUGCGUGCUGGACCCCGAGCACCCGCGGUUCUGCGUGCGCCUGCGCCGCCCGGGCCCGCCGCCGCGCCCGGGCACGUUCCUGUACGGCGUUCGGGCGUACUUCGACAACCCCACGUCAGGAAAGACGUUCGGGCGCGUGCUGGAGUACGCCGGCGCGGAGGUGGUCGGCGCGCUGCGCCCGGACGGGAAGCCCGCCGUGGACUUCGCGGUGUACGACUCGAAGGACCGGCCGCCGCCGGAGGACCUCGCGAGGCGCGCACGGAAGUGCCGCGUGCCGUUGGUGCGCAAGUCCGUCUUGAUCGACGCGCUGGUGUCGCUGCGGCUGCCCGUGCUGCGGGACGGCGCGCUGUCGUGCGACCUCGGCGUGCUCGUCGCGGAGCGCCUGGCCGGCGGCGACGCGGGGCAGCGGGGGGCGUCUGCCGACGAAGCGAGUCCGCCGCCUGACGUCGCGAUGUCGCAGUGGGCGCUCGAGGGCCCGCGGGGCAGCGCCGGGCGGCAUGGGCGCGACGAGGGGCACUCGGACGACGACGACGAGCGGCGCUCGGACGAGCGCGUGGCGGAGGAGCACGCGCGAAGGAGGUCGGGGCACGAGCAGCGAAGCACGCACAAGGCGGGGGCGCGGACGGACGUGGCGCGGUGCAGCGACGGCAAGCGCAGCAAGGGGGCCGCACCGGGCGCGCGGGGCGCACCGGGGAGCGCGCCGCGCGCCAGUGCGGUGCCCGGGGACGAGACGUGGGUUGGCGCGCCCGUCGCUGCCCCGCGCGGGCUCCAGCCGUUCAAGAUCCGCACGUACUACAGCGCGUUCCGUCGCGGGUCGUGGGAGGUCGCGGUCGGCGACUGCGCGCGCAUCGACAACAUGCCCGGCGAGGUCAGAAUGAGCAUUGUCAGAAUUCGUGCCCUGUGGUCCGAGGCGGGGCGGCCCUUCUGCCGCGCGGAGCGCUUCUACCACCCCGAGGACACGCACUUCUCGGGUUCGCCGGGGUUCGGCGACCUGUUUUUGUCCACGGAGGUGCUCGAGAGGCUUCCGACGAGCGCGAUUCGUGGGCCAAUGAGCGUGGCGAUGGGGACGAAUGCAGGGGGCGGGGCGGCUGGGGAGCUGACGUGCCGGUUCCGGUACAUGCACGAGGACGGGGUGCUGGCGGCGCUCGUGCCGUCCGACGACGAGGACGACGCGGACAGCGAGCCUGACAGCGGGGCGUAG